AUGACAAAUACAGUGCAUAUUACACCAAAAUUUAAUAAAUUUGCACCUAAACCAUAUGCAAAAUCAGAAAAACGAUAUCAACAACUUACAAAUACAAUUGUAGAUUUUAUUGUUUGUUGUCAACUUCCUUUUGCUAUUGUGGAUAAUCCAUAUUUUACUACAAUGUUAAAUACUUUUGAUGGACGUUACCAAGUGCCAUGUAGACAAACUAUUAAAUCAGAAAUAAUAAACAAUUAUAAUAAUAUGAAAAAAAAAAUUUUACAAGAACUUUCACAAACAAAAAAAAUAUCAAUUACAUGUGAUAUUUGGAGUUCAAUUACGAUUAAAUCAUAUUUUGGCAUUACAGUUCAUUUUAUAGAUCAUAAUUGGAAAUUACAACAUUUUUUACUUGAUCUUUUAUAUUUUCCAGGAUCACAUUCAGCAGUUCGAAUUCAACAAUUAAUUUUACAAGCUUUAGAUGAUGCAAAAAUUACUAAAAAAUUAUUAGGAAUUACAAUGGAUAAUGCACAAUCUAUGAUUGCAGCAGCUAGAGAGCUUAAAAUAAAAUUAGAAAAUCAAGAAUUUGUUCAUCAACGUUGUGCUGCACGUAUUUUAAAUAUUGCAGUUCAACAUGGUUUGCAAUUAUCAGAUCCUAUUAUAAAAAAGAUUCCAGAAUUAAAACCAGAUUUAGAUGUAGAAACUUGA